AUGUUCGAGCUCCGCCGGCCACAGGCGUUAGCUCCGGGCGAGGACGGGCUAUCCGGGCCCAGGCGGGGCGUUGGGCCAGGCCCGGAGCAGCCGGGCCGCACAGGGCAACGCGCGAAGCCUCCUGCUGCCGACGCCGUUUCUCCUCGCCGAUGUUGCGUCCCUGUGCAGCGCCCUGGUGAUUUGUGUGCGAGCCCGUGUGUCGCUCUGCGGAGAACUGACCUGUUGGUGCCUUGGGUCUUGCAGAGGCUGAAGGCUGCGGUUCACUACACGGUUGGCUGCCUCUGCCAGGAAGUUGCAGAAGACCAAGACGUGCAAUUCAGCAAACAAACCAUUGCGGCUAUUUCAGAAAUCACCUUCAGGCAGUGCGAGAACUUUGCAAAAGACCUUGAAAUGUUUGCAAGGCAUGCAAAACGAACCACAGUCACUACAGAAGAUGUGAAGCUUUUGGCUAGAAGGAGCAGUUCUUUGCUAAAGUAUAUCGCCCAGAAGAGUGAAGAGAUCACAUCAAGUAACAUGGAGCAAAAGGAGAAGAAAAAGAAGUCCAGUGCAGUUAAGGGAGGGAGAACUGGCAAACAAGAAGCACCUGUGACUGAAAGUGAAGAGCCCAACAUGGCAUGAUUUACCUUUCAAGUAAUGUCUCUGGUCAUUUUCUUUUAUUAUCCUAGAGGAACCAGAGCUAGCCUGUUAGAGAUUCCUCUUGCAGAUUAGCAACAGUAAUGAAUCUUUAGGUUUUUAGGUGAACAUGAUUAGUUGGAUUUUUUUGUUUCAAAAGUGAAAGGUCCUUUAGAAUUCAGUAAAACUUACAGCCAAAAUGCCUUAAUUGCUCAAAAAGGUAUCUUACUGUUAUUAAGAAAAUCCUUUAAAUAAAGUGUUUAAAGCACAA